ACCUUCCAUUGAAGACCUGGGCGGAGGACCUUUUAUGUCUUUUCUUCCCUGAUAAUAGAAGCGGGAAAGGAAGGCGUGCCCCUGGGAUAAAUUACUUUACAGUAUAAAGUUUACACGCUUGUCGUCCUUUAUGUCCUCAUUGAAACUUCCUUUCAAAGGACAAGGCGUCUCCUCCCCAGCUGAAAACAAUAAUGCCACUUUUUUUUGGUAGGAAUAAAAAAAGCCUGGGUUGUUAACCUUUGAAUAAUUAAAGUUCCUGCCUUUAAAAAAAAAUACUAAAAAAUCCCAAGGCUUUUAUUGUUCCCAGCUCUAGUCUCCGCACGCAUAUUAUACACAUAUCCAUUUGACACACAGAGAAAGAGCGUGCUGGACACUCUUGUGUUUUUGCAAAACUUACACCAUGGCUCUAGUGAGGUUCAAGGAGCUAGGAGAAGAGGAGUCCAACUCGGAGGACGAGGACCUCGAAAGCGUCAAGGCCUUGACCGCAAAGCUGAAGUUGCAAACGCGGCGCCCUUCCUACCUGGAGUGGAAGGCCCAUGUGCAAAGUCCCUCCUGGAAGAAUGGCCUCAGGACCCUCCAGGAAAAGCAGGGCGAGGAGACAGUGGUGACCGCCACCAAGGAAGACCACCAAGCCCCAGGGGCAAUGGGCAGCAUCUGUGGGUUUCCUACCAUUGCAGAAGCCUUUGAGUGGCUCAGGACGGAACUGCGGGAGAUGCAAGCCUUGGACCACCAACUGGCCCGGCAACUGAUGUCUCUGCGUGCUCAGAUCCACCGGCUGAAGGUGGAGCAGGCCUGCCACCAACACAAGGAGAUGCUGGACGACGCCACUUUCGGACUGGAGGGCUGCGAAGAGGACUCCGACCUGCUCUGCAACAUCCCUCCCAAGAUGGCUUUCCUCUUGUCCACCCCACUCAAGCACAUUGGCGUCACACGCAUGAACAUCAACUCCCGGCGUUUCUCUCUGUGCUGAAGGGGCCAUGUCCUCUUCUCUGCUUCCUUUCAUGCCUUCACGCUUUAGCAAGGAAUGUAGAUCCAUAACUCUCUGCUUCUCUUGCCACUGUGGUGCAUGCUUCUGCAGUGCAACCUGAUGCAUAUUUUUGGCAUUAGGUUUGGCAAGCCGACGCCUUUUGUUACUUAGAAGGGGAUUUUAGGCAAUUGCCCAAGGUAGCACUUUGGAAGAUGAGGCACCAUUGCUGCCUUUGCAGAGAAUGGAAGUAACAUGUUAAAAGCAAUUGCAUUGUGCUAGAUAGUGCUAUGUGCCUUCAAGUCGUUUCUGUCUUUUGGCAACAUCAAGGCAAACCUAUCAUGGAUUUUUCUUAGCCAGAUUUCUUCAGAGUGGGUUUCCCUUGGCCUUCCUCUGAGGCUGAGAGAGUGUGACUUGCCCAGUGGGUUUCCAUGACUGAGCAAGGAUUUCGAACAACGUCUCCAGAGUCGUGUACUCAAACUGCUACACCAUGUUGGCUCUAUCAUUACUCUUUGUAAACUGCAUUGUUGCAUUUAGAUACUAUAAAAACAACACUAUUAA